AUACGUAAUACUGGCAAACGACUGUUCAAUUGAAUUAUUCAAUGUACCUUUACCUUCUGGCCUCUUAAUCUGUUAGCACGUCCUAUUUAAUAUUUUUAAGAUAAUUGUGUACAAGUUAAAUAGUACAUUAAAAUAGAUUACUGAGACUCCUUCUAAGUUUCAUUUCUUUGUACCAUAUUGUACAAAAGUGGUGACCGUGACAGGACUUGCUAAUUAUUCGUCGGAUUUUGAAGAUUAACCUACAUUGAUCAAAGGUGAAGGGCAAAGAGGUCAUAGCCACGCCACGCUAACUCAGUACCUAGAUCUACCGGAAUACUACGGGAUCAACUUAUACUUCGUGCGCCGUGCAGCCAGACCACUACGACUUCCAGCUUCGGGAUUCGGGAAUAAACAGGAGCUUCGCACCAGUGUCUUCGCAGUCUACACCAGCAGACCGGCAUCUACAGCUUGCUUGCGGAACCGCUGCGCUUGGACAUUUUUUUUUUAACGAGGGGAGUUGCGUAUAAUUGCGUUGUACCUGUUAACCCUACGCAGCUCUAAACUCAGCUGCAACCUUUGUCUCUGUCCGCUGGUCACCUUCAACGCGACUGCCCUACAGCUGUUAAGAAAAUAAUCUUCGGCGGUUGCUGCUCAGUGGCUGCAAAGUGAGGAGCGUAUCGUAUGCAAUUAAUUUUUUAUUAUAUAAUUUUUACUUGCUUACCUUCGAUAACUUCAUUGCAAUGGUUGAUUCUGGUGGGUUUGAGACGGAUCUUAAGACAUUAUAUUUAAAACGUAGUAGCAUAAAGGGUCGCGUAACUAAAUUUAAAAAUUACUUAGAUGACGUAACAUCAAUUAAGGAUAUCUCAGACUUAGAGUUAAGUAAAUGUGCGAUGAAAUUAUUAAGAAUUGAGUCUUUAUUCUCUGAGUUCGACGAAUUGCAAAACCAGAUCGAGGAGAAAAUAGCAGCCUCUGAUCUAGAUACUGAGUUGAUUUCGCGUGAGCUAAUUGAACAAGAUUUUGAUAACUGCAUUUCUAUUGGUCGUAGUUUAGUGCAAAGGGGCUUACAGCCUAACCAACCCAGCCCUCAUUGUUCAAAUAACGAUAGCCAUUUUACUUCAGUUAAUGAAUCCGUGAGUUUUAAGCUGCCUGUAAUACAAAUUCCUAAGUUUGACGGCACAUAUUACACAAAAAUGGUUAGAGUUUAAGGAAACCUUUGGUUCAUUGAUUAAUGACAAUGAUAAAAUUCAAAACAUUCACAAGUUUCAUUAUUUAAUCUCCUAUUUGGAAGGCGAAGCGGCUCGCGUUAUUUGCAACUUAGAAGUUUCACAUCAAAACUACAAUGAGGCUUGGAAGCUCUUCUGCGAGCGAUUUGACAACAAAAGGCAAUUAAUUAGCAAUCAUUUAAAUUCGCUAUUUAAUUUUACCUGUGAGCGAGAGAGCGACAAGUCCUUACGCUUUAUUAUUGAUCACGUAACAAAGAACUUGCGGGCUCUCAGUACUCUGGGAUUGCCUACCGAAAAAUGGGACGUUUUAAUUAUACAUAUUGUGUCUGCUAGGUUAGAUAGCACUACCUCUUUAAAAUGGGAGGAGCAUAGAAAUACUCUCCCUGAAAUUCCUUCGCUUAAGGAUUUAUUCAUUUUUUUUAAAGUGUCGCGCAGAUGUUCUUGAGAGCGUUCAUCGUAAUAAAACCAAACAGGUGACGACUUCUUCUAGUAAAGGGCAAACGAAAUCGCUGAUCGUUACUUCUAAAGGCUCUAGUCUAAAUAAUUCUCCUUCCUGUAAACCAUCGAAAAGGACUUUCGAAUGUAUGGUAUGUAAGGGUGAUCAUCGUAUCUUCGAGUGUCCAGAUUUCAAAUCUAAGACUCCUGAAGAGAGUGUUACUACGGCUACGUCAUUGAAUCUUUGUAAAAAUUGUUUAAGACCGGGUCACAACGCACGAGAAUGUAAGCUUCAUACGAGUAUCUUUUGUCGUAUUUGUAAAAAAGACAUAACUCAAUGCUUCACUUGGAUAUUAAUACCGAAAAUGCUAACUCUGUUCCAAAUGAAACGUUGUCAAUGUCGGCAGUUUGCGCUUCUGAAGUCUUAUUAUGCACCGCCAAGGUCCGAAUCUCUAAUCCGGAAACCGAAAAUACUAUAACUGUGCGAGCAAUACUUGAUAGUGGGAGCCAGUAUUCAUUUAUUACUGAUACUGUAAAACAAAGACUUAAGCUGGCUUCUCAGCCAUCAAAUAUAAAUGUUAUAGGAAUUGGCAACAAGCAGCUUAAUAUAAAGACGGAGCGUUGCGCUAUCCGCCUACAAUCUCAUGAUGAUUCCUACAAUGUUAUUACGUAUUGUUUUACUAUACCCACAAUAUCAGAACAUCUACCAAAGGCGCGACUUGAUACAAAACAUCUUCAUUUAUCGGGCAUCCAACUAGCAGAUCGCUACUUUUAUGAGCCUUCUUCUAUCGACAUGUUAAUAGGGGCUGAUUUGUUCUGGGACCUUAUUGGGUCGCAGCAGCGCUCUUUAGGAAAAAAUAACCCGGUCGUUCGUAGCUCGCAAGCUUGGUUGGCAUAUCGCUGGCCCCAUGCCCAUUAAAUCUAAUAUAUCCACAAAACAAUUUCAAUGCAAUUUCUUAACAAAGGAGCAAGAGUUAACUGACAUAGAUGAUCAAUUAUCUAAAUUCUGGGAGUUAGAAAGUGUCCCACAAACUAAGGCUCUAACAAAUGACGAAAGGCUUUGCCAGGAGCAUUUUUUAAUGAAUAUCGUUCGUGAACAUGAUGGAAGGUUUUGCGUAGGGUUUGCCUCUCCGAAUUAAAAAAAAUUGUCUUGGCAAUUCAUAUUCACUGGCCAAAGAAAGGUUUAUGAAUUUAGAGAAGCGUUUCAAAUUAAAGCCACAACUCAAGGAGCUCUACGUUCGUAUUUAUUCAGGAAUACGCCCAGCUUGGUCAUCUCUCGCCGUCUCCUAUAAAAAAGCCAAUUAAUGCAUAUUUUCUUCCUCAUCACCCGGUGAUGAAGGAAAAGAGCGAGUCUACAAGGCUUCGUGUAGUAUUCGACGCCUCCGCGCAAACUACUUCUGGUAUGUCAGUUAAUGAUUUACAGAUGAAAGGCCCUGUUAUCCAAGACUCCCUCAUUAAUAUUCUAUUACGAUUUAGAUUGUACAAAUACAUUAUUUCGGGCGACAUUGAAAAAAUGUAUCGUCAAGUUAAUGUCCGAGAGUCGGAUAGAAACCUUCAGUUAAUUUUGUGGCGUGAUAAGGAGGCCGAUCCUCUUCAAACUUUACAGUGCAUACUCUUACUUAUGGUUUUUCUAGCGCGAGUUUUUUGAGUACCAGGUGUUUGUGGCAGCUUGGCGAGGAAUGUGAAGAUUCGAACAUUAAAACAAUCAUCCAAAGGGACUUUUAUUGUGAUGAUUUGCUUACAGGAGCAGAUAGUAAACAAGAACUGCUUCACAUUCAGCGCUCGGUUGCCAAUGAGCUCAAAAAAGGUUGCUUCAACUUAAGAAAAUAUAGAUCUAACUUAUUUGAGCUUCGAGAGUAGCUCUAUAAACAAGGAAGAAGGCAAUCUAGUUAUCAGUAAUGCUACAAACACUCUAGGUAUAGGGUGGUCUCCACACUUAGAUCAAAUACAUUUUCAAAUCGAAUAUACCCCUACGACAGUUUUCACUAAAAGAUCCAUAUUGUCAUCGACUUUUAAAAUUUUUGACCCUUUAGGGCUAUUAUCUUUGUGCACAAUUAAGCCGAAAAUUUUGCUACAAAAAUUGUGGGCUGAAAGGUUAGAUUGGGACGAACCCGUUUCUCAAAGAAUAAAAUCGACUUGGCAGCGUUUCAUUCUCCAUUUAGAGUCGUUGUCUUCUCUAAAAAUCCCGAGAUGGAUUUUAAUUGAUAAACCAAUCUAUAUGGAAAUGCAUUGUUUUUGCGAUGCCUCGCAAAUAGCAUAUGGCGCGUGCAUUUAUUUGAGAUCGUGUAACGCUAAUAGUGACAUAACUGUUAAACUUUUAUGCGCUAAAACUCGUGUAGCGCCCCUUAAGGCUACGACUAUCCCCAGACUUGAACUCUGCGCUGCUCUUUUGGGUGCUCAAUUAGGCUCUACUGUCAUUCAAGCUCUAAGGUGCAAAAUUCAUCUUCAAGUUUAUUGGACGGACUCUAGUGUAGUAUUAGGUUGGCUAAACUCAUGUGAUAAGGCUAAGCUUUUCGUCGCAAAUAGGGUGGCAGCUAUAACUGAGCUUUCAAGCACCGCGAAUUGGCGGCAUGUGCCUACCGCCCUAAAUCCAGCCGAUCUUGCCUCUCGCGGAGUAGAUCCUCAAGACGUGUGCGCCUCCUCUAUAUGGUGGGAUGGUCCACCAUUUCUACUUAAACCGGAGGCUGAGUGGCCAAAAUUCAAAUCCUGUAGCGUAGAGCUGCCUGAAAUGCAAUCCAUUUCCACCUUAGUCGCGGAAGCUUGCACUAAGGCCCCAUUUGAUUUUAAAAGGUAUUCUGACUUAACUGUGCUACAAAGAGUAUAUUCUAGAGUUUUUCGAUUUAUACAUAACUGUCGUAAUCCUAGCUGCAAUUUAUUAGGUCUUCUUAGAGUUGAAGAACUUCAAAAUUCAUUAACAGUUUUAAUUAAAAUAGCUCAAAGUGAGUCCUUUCAGAAUGAAAUAGAGCUUCUUCGUACUAAAGGGGCCUUGUCAUCCAAGGCGCCUUUAUCUUCUCUAACUCCAUUUCUAGAUGUGUGAGUGGCAUUCUGAGAGUUGGCGGAAGAAUCGAUGCUUCCACUUAUGCUUAUAAUAAGAAGCAUCCCCUCAUUUUAAAUGCAAAACACUAUUUAACUGAAUUAACUUUUCAAAGGGAACAUAAACAACUGCUCCAUGCGGGGACCUCAGCAGCUUCUUGCCUCUAUUAGGGAGCGCUACUGGCCGACUGGCGGUAGAAAAUUAGCUAGGCAAGUGACCUAUAAUUGCUUAGUAUGUCGUCGCUUUAAGGGUCAACCAAUGACUAAUAUUAUGGGUAAUCUUCCCUCCGAUCGCUUAAUGCCUGAUUAUCCAUUUUGCACGGUUGGCAUUGACUUUGCUGGCCCAUUUCUUAUCACUGACCGCAAGGGAAGGGGAUGCAAAAUAACAAAAUGUUAUCUGUGUAUAUUUAUCUGUUUUCGUUAUAGAUGUAUACAUUUAGAAGCUGUAAGUGAGCUAUCCAAAGAUGCCUUUUUGUUGACUCUUAAAAGAUUCAUCGCUCGCAGAGGACAGCCAAAGACAAUUUUUUGUGAUAAUGGCAGAAAUUUUGCCGCGACUGCUAAAGAGCUAAAAAAUUUUUUGCAAUCAAACAAUGACUCUAUUUAUGAUUUUGCUGCUUCUCGGGGCAUUGAGUUUAGAUUCUCCCCUGCAUACGCUCCUCACUUUAAUGGUCUCGCUGAGGCUGGCGUUAAAUCAGCCAAAUUCAAUAUUUAUAGAAUUAUGGGAAAAACGCAUCUGACGUUUGAGGAACUAUCGUCUUUGUUUGCACAGAUCGAGGCCAUCCUGAACAGCAGACCCCUGUGUCCUCUCAGUCCUUCACCAAAUGACUUCCAACCUCUUACACCGGCUUACUUUUUAAUUGGCAGGCCAUUGACGUCUAUUGCAUCACCCAGCUUCGUGGACAUCAACAGCGGACGUCUCGAUCGAUUCCAGCGUCUCGAGCAAGUGAGGCAGCACUUCUGGCAAAGAUGGACACGCGAAUAUAUAGCAGAACUACAACAGCGCACAAAAUGGCGAGCGAAAUGCAGGGACCUGCAAUUAAACGAUUUAGUUUUGAUAAAGGAAGAAAAUUCGCCACCUCUCUGCUAGCGUCUCGGGCGAAUCAGCAAAAUAUUUCCUGGCUCUGAUUGUGUUCCCCGCGUCGCGGACGUCAAAACUUCUAAUGGAAUGAUUAGAAGAGCUAUAAAUCGGCUAUGUAUCCUGCCCAUACACGACGCAAGUACUGCUUGAAAUCUUUAGCUCAGAUUUCAAGGGCCCGGGAAGAUGUUCGCGCCGCUUUCGUCUUAGCGUUUUUAGUAUUUAUUAUUUAAGUAAGAUGUAAUGUAACUCGUAUAGCAAUUAUUAUGUCUAACGUGUAGGUACGUUUGAUUUGUUAGGCUAAGUAAUAGUACUAAGUUUCACCGUAAUUGUUUACGUUUAAGGUCCAUAUUUCUUUCUAAUAAAUCCAUUUGUACUUCUACCAAUGGCAUAUCGUUACGUUUGCAUACGUAAUACUGGCAAUAGCCAACGACUGUUUAAUUGAAUUAUUCAAUGUACCUUUACCUUCUGGCCUCUUAAUCUGUUAGCAUGUCCUAUUUAAUAUUUUUAAAAUAAUUGUGUACAAGUUAAAUAGUACAUUAAAAUAGAUUACUGAGACUCCUUCGAAGUUUCAUUUCUUUGUACCAUAUUGUACACAUUGAAUAAAACUAUUUUUACG